GUAUAGUUAGCUACGCCGUGAGACUGUCAACACAUGGCAGUUGGGUGGUGAACUCACGAGAGGAUUUACAACUAUCAUCCGUUUACUCACGCUAAUGCGAGAAGUCGUCGUGUGUUUGUUUGCGAACUGUGGUAGCAUGUUGUUAGAGCAAGUCGCUGAACAUUGUUAGAAAAAAAAUCACUGCUCACGUUGUUAGAUGUCGGUGUCAGGGUCAGAGUUUUGGCGCGCCCGUACGUAACUGGGACAACAGAGUCAUCAUCGGUGGUACGAGACAGGAUGGCAAGCAGCACCCAUGUUUUCCAGAUCUCCGGGAUCAAGAACUGUGAGAAGAAGAGAGUCUUGGUUCAGGGAAUCCAGCAGCUGGGUGGAAAAUACAUAGGUGGCUCAGUCUAUGAGCACAGCAGUACCCAUCUCAUAAUCCCUCAGGUUUUGUCCAGCGAGAAGUUUUUGGCAGCCUGUGCUGCAGGAAAGUGGGUUGUGACUCCAGACUAUGUGUUGGACAGUGUUAAGAAUGGAUCCUGGCUUGCAGAAGGACCCUAUGAAAUUUCCAUUUCCACGUGUGCCACAUCUGCCUUUUACCCUGUUAGGCAGUGGAGGGAGAAGGUGGCCAGCGGGAGGAUAAAAGGGGCAUUCCAGGGCUGGAGGGUUCUCCUCAUGGUUCAAGAGCCCACCCGCAGGGCCAUGUUCAAACGGCUCCUGAAAGCAGGCAGGGCCAAAGUAUACCGCUGCCCUCCUCCCUCUCAUGCCUCUGUUACGCAUGUCAUGGCUAAACCCAUCACAGAUGACUCAAAAUCCCACAGUGCUCCUUGCUAUCCUGUAAGCCACAUUGUCCAGCACCUCUUUGGGAGCAAUUGUGCAGAUAUGAAGUUCAACAUGACUGAUGAUCACCCAGCUGAGACGAAGAACGCCAGUUUUGUUGAUGUUGACUUCUCUAAGCUGGAGGCAGAGCUCAGGGAAUAUGUCAUCAAACAGGAGGGCCAACCGAGACUGCGCUUCCUUGAAUUUCUGGGUUACCAUGACCCGCACCGUCCACAGUCCCAGGCAACAGAAAUGGACUUCAGCAAUGUUGGUAGUAUGAUAGAGUGCGGGCUCUUCAUUGAAGCCUUGGACUCAAUCAGAAGCGCUCUGUUCCCUGGCCUGCUUCCUCCAGUGCCAUACCUGGUCUCCCUCCUAGAAUAUGCACAGCAGGGAAAUGCCACGUCCGUCUUCCUGAGAAAUUUGCAACAUGUCAUGUACAACCUGCUCAUUACCAACCCUCCUUGGCUGGCACCCAGCACACUGAAAAAAUAUUUUACCCAAGUGCUGCAGUGUCCUCGGUGUAAGGCGGGCCUGUGGCCCUUUCUAGAGACAGCCAUAAGUUAUUGCAUGUCCAGUGAGGUCACGUGUCACCCUCUCCCUGGACCUGCUCUGCCAACGCUGGUACAGUUUCAUACCGACCUCCUGGCAUUUGUCCUCAAGCUCUUCCAGGGGGAACUCCACUCUCUCACCACCUGGGAUUUUCUGCUGCCAGAGGGAACUGGAGUCUGUCACGCUUCAGCUUCGGGAUCUUUGCUGUACGGAACCUUCUGGACUGUGUGGGAGCGCUCGACACUGUUGUCCCGAGCUGUGAAGCAACUAACCCAGCUCUUGGUACAGGCUGCCAUUGAGGACUACGCUGAGGGGGGUGAGAAGCAGAGGCUGCAUUUGGCGGACACCCUGCUGGACCUCCUGUCUGUGUUGGUGGAGUUCUGGUGCCAGCAGCACUUAAAGCUGAACCAGAACCUGGUGGAAAAGGGCCUAAAAGACCUCGGAGAGCACUUUGCCGUUAUCAGCCAAGAUUUGCCUCCGGUGGUUCUGGCAGAGCUGGUUGUCAGAAUUCACUCUACCAGAAUGAAGGUGGUGAUGGCCGAUGCCAUAUUCAGGAAUCUUUGCUGCAGAAAUGGAUACACAGUUGUGGACGAACCCCUCUCUCUCAAGAAAAUGGUGCUGUCGUACCUGCCUGCUCUAGGAAGUUUGGCCCGGUGUCCCGCUGGGGCUCGCCUCAGGACUGGAUGGACCGGUCAGGGUACUGUUUGCAGUGCUCAGAGCUCUUUGGUGAAUGGAACAAGCCCAGAGAAAGAGAACAUCCCCAGAGGGUUGAACAGAGUCAACGCAGCAGGAGAGACCCUCCUCCACAGAGCUUGCAAGAGGAACCAAGUGGAGACGGUGCUUCAGAUCCUGGCGCUCCCUGGCACGGACGUCAACGUUGAGGACCAUGCAGGCUGGACGCCCCUGCACGAAGCGUGCAACCACGGCAGCACCGCGUGUGUGGCGGCUCUGCUGUGUCACCACCCCGCCCCUGUGCUCAACAACCAGGUGGGUGGAGUCAGUCCGCUGCACGACGCCCUGCUGAACGGACACAUGGACAUCGCCAAAAUGCUACUGGAGCAUGCAGGCUCAGUUCUUCUGCAGCAGACCGAUGGAGGCGGCAGGACUGCGCUGGAUCUGGUGUCUGCGACGGGUCAGAGGGAGGAGCUCCUCCACAGCGCACAGGUUGGAGACUCAAAGAGAGACAGAGCUGUCACUGAGGUCUUGAACCUGCCCCUCCUGGAGGCCGGAUCCACUCUGCUGGCCCACCUCAUUUUCUCCUACCACCAAGAGAGGGGCCUGUCGGGCUGCAUGCAGCCCAGCGACCCGUCCAGCAGCCUGGCCUACAGGCUAGUCCGUGCCCUGGAAGCACACUCCCUCCAAAAUGUGACUUUGGGCUGGACGGACCAGCGGGCGGCAAGGCUGGCAGAGGAUGCGAAGACACUGUUGGAGCUCAGCAGGGGGAGUUACCUGGGGCAGGUGCCGCAGGCAGUGAAAGAGUGCAAAGGAGAGAACACACAGUUUCUAAUGGAGAUCCUGGAAUAUGUUAAGUCUCAGGGAGAGGCGCUAGUGGUUGACUUGUGAAAUGGAAAUCUGAAAAAGAAUUGAAUGCACGACUUGCAAAGUGUUGAAAUGCUGUUGUUGAAAUGUUAUCUGUGUCUGUGGGAAACAGCUGUUUACUAUGUCAUCACACAAGUCACCCGAGGCCCAAAAACUGUACAAACACCUUCUGGGUGGCUGUUAAUGUAUGCCUCCAAAAUGACGGGGCUCUGUCUCCUCUGCCUUUCAGAUAAAUGGGUAAGCAUGCAUUCUGAAAGAUAGCAGUUCAUUUUGUUGAGAAUCCAUUUCAUACUUUAAAAAAAACAACAACCACAUAGUCUGGAGUGACAUACUUCUUGUUUUGGUUGAAAAUAUUUCAUGCUGGCUAAAUGUCCUGGAAAAAUGUAUUCUUGUUGAAUGUUUUUAUAUAACACUAAGAUUUCUGUACAGGCUGUUACUACCUCAAGUUCCUUAUUUUCUGCAGCUACUUUUCUGAAUGUACAAUGAUAAGAUUGUUUUUUUCACGUGGUUUUAUUUAUCAAAAUAAAUGAAAAUAUAUGAACUGAAAACUCAGA